UCUCUGGUUUGCAGUCUUGUGUAGACCUAGAUCUAUAUCAUCUGUGGUCAAGGACGCGUUUUCUUGAUUUAAACUAACUUAUUAGCUUUUAGGCGCGAAUACAAAGAAUUAGUUUAUCAAACUAGUAGUUAAAAUACUCUUCCAAGUUUUCCGCUAUAAUCUAUGGUAAGGUGGUUGUCAAAAGUAAUGAAUUGAACCUCCGUUGAGGAGUUUAUCCAAUAUUCAUUCUUCCUUUAUCUCAAAUACUCGAUUUUCGAAAUCUGAAUAAUGAAGACGAAUCACUCGGUUUUUCUAGAGUAUGACAGCUUAUCUAUAACGCCAAAUUACAUCAUGUCUAAAGAGGAAACCCUACCAGAGCUUGGGAAGUAUGGGAUCCUUGUUGAAGUCAAAGCUUGUGGCUUAUCAGUGCCUUUGGGUGAUGGAGCUAGUUUGACGUCUCUGAUCCGUAAAAUGGGAUGCAACCGAUUACCAGCAGGCCAAGAUAUUGCUGGAAUCGUUAGAGCUGUUGGAAGUGAUGUAACUUCUCUUCAUGUUGGGGACCAAGUUACAGGUGUUAUUCCACUUGAUAGUCAACAAUCAGGCUGUGCUGACAAAGUUGUCCUUCAGGAGUUCGAUGUUGUGAUAAAGCCGAACUCUGUGAGUUUUGUGGACGCUGCAGGGUGUGUGGGGGAAUGUGUCCGAUCUUACCUCGCUCUGUACUACUUGGGGCGACUGGUUAGUGGAGAUACAGUAUUGGUGCUGAAUGGAGCUACAGCCCUUGGUAGUGCCUUGAUACAGCUGGCUCAUCAUUGGGGUGCCAGGGUCAUCGCUACCUGUUCUUCCUCUGAUGAGAAAUUAUACCUGCAGACAUUGUCUGACAAACUUGUGCAUGUUGUGGAUAUGGAGAACAAGUCGACACUACGUGCUGCUUGUAUGAAGGAAACAGCUGAUCUGGGAGUGGACAUGGUCAUCGAUCUCAGGCCUCCUAACUCCUCACAGAGUAACAAGAAUUGCGGAGAGAUGGACUCCAACCUCAGCAAGGAUGAGGAGGGGGUGUCGCCUAGCAACCAUGAGUUGGUGUCAUGUCUGGGUGUGGGGGCUAGAUGGGUCACCACCAACUGUAACCUACAGCUUGAUCCUCCGGUUUCCAGGCAGAUGUCAUUGCGCUGUGCUAGCUUAGGCUUUCUGUUCGACCAGGCGUGGUUCCUCUCUAGCACACAACAGGGCAAAUAUCAGCACAUUCUCAUGGAUAUCAUUGAGAAACUAUCCACCUACACCAUCAGACCGAAUAUUCACCACACUGUCACUGUGGAUGGAAUCCUAGAGGCUUGGCAGGAUCUUUCGGAAGUUACUGUGGGAAAAGUUGUCUACGCCAAUUAGCGUAACCAUACGCAAGCCAUAUGUUAGAUUGUAAGUGGUUACAUGACUGUUGUUAAUUAUUACAAAACGUAUAUUGUUGUUA